UUUCAACAGUAAAUAAUUUGACAAGUUCAACUAUGGUGAAAGACAAAGACAGUGGGGUGUGUGUGUUUGAGAGAGAGAGAGAGGUGUACUGAAUCAUGGAAGAUAAGAAACAACAACAGAGAAGCGUUGUCAUCACAAUGUAUGUCGAAUCUCCACCAAUGAUAGGCCCACAUCAGGUGGCGCUGAAGCGGGCAAUGAUGCCUGAACCUUACCGCCACCCCAAUUUCAAUCGAAAUCGGAGGGCUGAGUUUCUUUCCUACGCCCAAGAACUCAGACGUUCAUCUCCCCAGCAACACCCUUAUAGCCACAACCACAAGAGGAGAUCCAAAAUUGUCCAGGUGGAAUGUGGGUGGAGCUUGCGAAUGUGUGGCUCCUUCGAAUCAAGCCAGCAGCUGGGGAGGUACGAGCGGAUCCGAAACUGUGACGAGGAGAGAGUGGGGUGGGUGGAGGGGAAGGGCAGGUGUUGUUAUAGAAGGUUGGGUCGUUUCCUAAAGGAAGUGUCGACAAACUGGAGACCUAAGCAGAAAAGGACAUGAGAAAGAGUAGGUUAGAUGCAAAUAUUUGUGGUGAAGAGCCUUUCUUCUCAUGUAUGUGAAUUCAUGUAUCAAUGCUGAUUAAGGGAAAGUGUAGGAAAAUUACAAAAAGAGACCGUCCGUCUACUUUUGGUACAUAGAUGUCACAAUCAUUGUUGUUUGGCAAAUUUCAAUUUGAUAUCUAAUGCGUAGGAGUAUUUUUUAGCUCCUCG